AAGAAGCGCAUAAGUACUAGCAGUCAAGUUCGAGACGUUGUCGGGUCCGGUUCUAUCGAAAUUGUUAAGCGGUAGUUGGAUAAACCAGUCAUGUAUCAUUUGGUAAAAUUUGUUUUCAUCUUAAGUGUGGUUAUUCCCGCACUAUCCGAAAAUCAAGCCGGAAUACUGUUGGAUUACAGAAAUUCUUAUCUGUCCUAUGAACAGAAAGGACUGGAUAUAUGUCCCUUCACCUACUUCCGAGAAUCCUGCGCCGACUUCGCUCACGUGAUAGUCAUAGAACCAUCGGUUAACACUGAUAACGGUUCGUCAGCUAUUUGUCUUGGGACCAUAAUCAGUGAACAGUUCGUUUUAACGACAGCAAGUUGUGUUCCAACCAAACACGAGAACUUGAAACUAGACGCCAAAAUCGCUGAAGACAUCGCGAUAGAUUCCAUUUAUCUUCAUCCAGAUUAUAAACUCUCGCCAGAUCAAGGGCCAUCUCUAAACAACUUAGCGAUUAUUAAGCUAAAUUCCUCUCUAAGUUUUAACAAAAAUGUGGCAGCCAGUUGCUUAUGGGAUUCCGAAUCGUUGGACUUGUACACUAAGGUUCAGGAAAUUGAGUUUGAUCAAACAGUCCAAAGAUUGGAGCAGAACACGACCAUCUGCUCGGGCACUGCAAAAAAUGAUUGUCUCAAAUCAGCACUACAGCAGUGGUGUCAAAGGAAAUCAUCUUCCGGAAUUUUGCAAAUCAGAGAGCUAGGGAAAUACAGAAUGCAUGCAAUGAUAGCGAGCUUUGGUUGCGACGAGGACAAAAAAAUCGUACCGAUUUCACAUUACCUACCAUGGAUCAGAGAGGUCACCAAAUAUAAUCAGAUUGAGUACAAUUUCACCGACGUUGGUUUAGGAGAGAAAUGCUUCAAGAACGAUGGCAUUGGCGGGGUGUGCCUGCCAACAAACGAGUGUCCUCAAAUACAAAAGAACUUCAAAGCUCUGUGGAAGAACAAUUCAAUAAGUACGUGUGGCUUUGAGGGAGAUGAAGCGUUGACGUGCUGUGCAACAGAAGAUAUGCAAGUGGGACCAGAUACGGAAACAUUAUUUCGUGAUAUCAUACAAGAAAUUGAAAACUGCGAAUUACUCUACGAUGAGUUCAGACGAACACCUGAAGAGCACCAACUUCAUUCUCAAGUUGCAAUUAUUGAUAUUCACAAUUCAAUUAACUGCACUGCAACACUUAUAUCAACUCGAUAUUUGCUCACAUCCGCACAGUGCGUUCUGGAUGUUGAUAUUCCUCAUUCAUCCGUUUGGCUCGGCAUGGGAGACGAGGAAGAAACUGUUGGACAGAAAAAUAACAUUCAGGCAAUAUUCCUUCAUCCAAAAUUCCACCCCAAAACAAGCCACUUCAAUUUAGCCGUAGUCAUGCUUAAAUACCCAGCGUUGAUCCAAUCAUUUAGCGUGCCGGCCUGUUUGUGGCGUGAAAAGUCCAAAAUGCCAACUAAUUUGGAGGCUGUAAGUUUUCAUAGCGAUGAACGAAUCUUUUCAGUGGCGGCUACUACCCCGAUGUACUACAGUGAUUGCCGUCGGUUGCACGAUUCACAACUCAUCCCGUCAGAACUAUGCGUUCAAUACAAAUCCCGCUCAGAAUGUAAUUCCGUCGAGCAGGAAACUUUGUGUCAAAACCCGGGAAGCGGGUUGUAUUCCAACCUUUACUAUGGCGAAGAUAUGAAACCAGUAACGUAUGUCGUUGGCAUUUUCAACAAAGGACAUACGUGUGAUAAACGAGGACCUGCUAUAUACACACGAGUUAGUGAGUACUAUCAGUGGAUUAAAAGUGUAAUUUAUUUAAGUUCUCAACAAACGAAAUAAAAUGUUAAUGUUAAUGCUUUA